AUGGGGUUGAUUCCUUCCCACCACGACUUCCCAGUGGGAAAUCCAGGGAUUUAUUCAUCCCGAAUUAUUUGGAGCUGCCUCGCACCUGGAGCUGCUGGAGAGAGGCCCCAAAGUGUUGGGAAUGAGCUUUCCCAGCUCCCACCUCACCCUGCCCUUCCCUUCCCCAGCGUGAUCAGCGGGGUUGGGGAGAUGGACAUCGAGAAGGACUCCCCGAAGAAGGAGGACACCCAGGCCAAGGACCUGCCCUAUCCAGACUGUCCCUUCCUGCUCCUGGACGUGCGGGAUCGGGACGCCUACGACCAGUGUCACAUCGUGGGAGCUUAUUCCUACCCUAUUGCCACGCUGUCCAGGACCAUGAAUCCAUACACAAACAGUAUUCUGGAAUAUAAAAACGCCCACGGGAAGAUCAUCAUCGUGUACGACAACGACGAGCGCUUGGCCAGCCAGGCAGCCACCACCAUGUGUGAGAGGGGCUUCGAGAACCUCUUCAUGCUCUCCGGGGGUGAGUGGCCUGGGAACAGCUCCCUGAGAGCUCCUGGGGGUGGNCCCCCGGGAUCCGCCCGAAGGAAAACCUCUCCCAGAGUCCCUCCCACGCGGGCUGAGAACAAGUGGAGGUUCUCUGCAGAUGAUCUCCAGAAGCUCAAGUACUACCUGGAGGAGGAGCACAUUCCUUUGGACACUGCCAGCCGCCUGAGCCGUGGCAUUUCCAGCCGGGAUUCCAAGCCCACGUCCAUGAGGAGCAGCCCCAACCUCCACGGCUCCAACGCGGGGUCCCUCAGCUCCCGCACGCUCAGCAGGACCAGCCUCCAGAACAGGCCCUGGAAAUAACCGGUGGGGUCUCCUCCCACCGAAUAAAGGAUUAUCCAGGUUUUGGGAAUACCCUGAGCAGUGCAGCCCCUUUGUGGUUUUAGGAAUCCGCAGGGAAAAGCAGCCGGAGGUGUGGAAAAGGCAGCUCGGGUCAGGCUUGGAGAGCUGGAAUGGGGUUUCCUGGAGGCAGGAAUUGUCAUCCCACAGGUUUGUAGGGUUGGGAGCAAACUGGUAGUGAAGUCUGGGACCAGUAGGAACUUCCACCAAGCUUUUAGUCCAGGGGAAUGGAAUUUGCAUCCGUGACAUUCCCUGGAGCCACCUGUGGACACACACGGAGGUGAAGGGGCCAGAACUGUCCUGGGAGAACAAACAGGAGACAAAGACACUCAGCAAGUUGCCAAAAUGGAGAAAAGAUCCUUAAAAAGGGUUUUUUUUUUUGGGGGGUAUUUUAAUUAAAUUAUGAUAAUGAACAGAAGUAUUUCUAAUAAAGGUGUUUUUGGAAAUCAGCCCAAGGUGGUGCUGGGACCUGAGGGUUGUGUUUGCUCCUGGACACUUGGAACUGUUGCGUCUUUUUCUGGAAGUUUAU